GCCUAUUUCAAUUCGCAUGAUUUAAAUGCAUAUUGAUACUGUUAAUUUAUCUUGCAAAUGCCAUUGUAAAAAAGCUCUGAACACUUCCGUAAACACAAAUGCCUUAUGUAUUUCCUCGCUGGCUGGCUGCAGUCCUCGAGUAAAGGUCAAUUGCCUGGAAAUCUUAUCUUAUCAGGAUCGAGGGCUGAUCGGGUCAUGGCUGAGGUGCAGAUUCGUCGCUACCGGGAGGAAGAUCAUGAAGAAGUAAAGGAGGUUUUUACUCUCGGGAUGAGCGAGCACAUCCCAUCGUCCUGCAUGCACGUUCUCAAACAGCCCCUAGCACAGAUGUUUCUGGGAUGUGUGUUUUGCGCUUUACUGACCAGCUCAAAGUCCAUCCUAUUGCCUGUACUAGCAGUCACGCUGCUUUUGGCCGCAGGCAGGCAGAGUGUGAGUUACAUGUUUACCAAGUACAUCCAGACCUGCCUUGAGCAAGAUCUCAAUCACAUUCAGCAGACCUACCUGGAUCCACCCAACGCUUGCUUCUGGGUGGCUGAGAGCCAAGGUCGUGUUGUGGGUACAGUAUCGUGUUUGCCUGCAGAGAAAGACCAGAACUUCCUGGAACUGAAGCGGAUGUCGGUUAAAAAGACUCACCGUGGACAAGGCAUUGCCAAAGCACUGUGCCGUAUUGUGUCCGACUUUGCUUUUGAACGUGGUUUUCAAGGAGUACUGCUUCACACUUCGGUGGUCCAGACAGAUGCUCAGAAGCUCUAUGAGCACAUGGGCUACCAGAAGGUCAGAGAAUUUAGUGCUCCAGAGGCAAUUGCCAAGCUGACUAAUUUCACAUUGAUGGAGUACCAGCUCGUCCUCAAACAACAUCACAACUGAGGUUGAGAUCUCCCAACUUCAGUCAAACCGCCAAGACUUUUUUAACACUGGUUCAGAUUACUAAUGAAGCACACCACUAUCAUCGUUUGUCUGUUUCUUCUUUAAAUCAUUAACCUUGGAAAAAAGGGAAC